CCUUUUUCUUUGACUUGCUGUUGAAAGGAGACGAGGAUGAGAGGCCCACUGCAGCUGCUCAUGGGACUGAUGGUCAUCACUGCCUGCUCUCAGUCUCUCUGUGCGUUACACACUUGCAAUGAGGAGGUGGCUCGUCUGAGGGAACAGGAGAAUCUCCUGAAGGGCCGGCUUCAGAAACAAGACCUCCUCCUCCACAGAUUACAAUCGCAGAACCAACCUGUCGACAACAACAAAGUGAACCAGACCCAGGACACUGAGUAUGCAGAUUGCUCCCAGCUUUUCACCUCGGGCUUCAGAUCCAGUGGAUUCUACAGAAUCAAAACCAGCAGAGUGUACUGUGAUAUGAGUGAAGGAGGAGGUUGGACUGUCAUACAGAGACGCACCAAUGGAAGAGAGACAUUUAACAGGUCCUGGUCGGAGUAUCAAGAAGGUUUUGGAGACAUGAACUCAGAAUCAGGAGAGUUUUGGCUUGGAAAUGACAACCUGCAUAAUAUCACUGCACAAGGGAAUUAUUCUCUGAGGUUAAACCUGGAAGACUUUGAUGGUGGCCAGCGCUAUGCUGAGUACAAGAACUUCAAAGUGGCGGAUGAAAAGGAUCACUACCGACUCACAUUCGGAGCCUAUGUAGGUACAGCUGGAGAUGCCCUGAGUGGAGGUUUCCAUGUUGGUGUCUCGGGGUGGGCGAGUCACCAGGGCAUGAAAUUCAGCACCUACGACCAGGAUAAUGACAACUACAAAGGAAACUGUGCCCAGGAAGACCAAGGAGGCUGGUGGUUCAACAAGUGUCACUCAGCUCAUCUUAAUGGCAUAUACUACCCCCGUGGUCACUACAGUGCACUGACAGAUAAUGGUAUUAUUUGGUACACAUGGAGAGGAUGGUGGUAUUCUCUGAAGACCAGCGUCAUGAAGUUGCGACCCACUGCCUACAAAAUUGACCCUACUGACGACCCCAAUGCUGUAAAUCGCGGCCCAUCUUCUUAGAUGAGACAUGAGCAGAUAUCAGAUCUAAUUAUUUUGGGGCUAAAAGAGUUAAACAAGCCAUAUUGUUUAAAUUGGUAUAAAAUUACAUUUAAAUUUAAAAAUAAGUCAAAACGAUAGAUGAUGAUGCCUCUCCACUUCUGCCUACCUUAAAAAUGAAGCCAGAAAAUCCAGGCUGUAGGUACUGCCAUCUCGACCUAUUUUGAGCCAGAGUCUGUGCAGAAGUGAUCGUAGAGUGUAGUUGUGACAUUGAGGUCCACCACCCCAACCAAUCACCCUUCAGUCUCAGUCUUCCAUUAUGACAUUUCACUCAUUUUAUAUAGCAUCAAAUAACUAAUUAAAACCAAACUUAUCGGAAAUGUAAACACCUGAACAAACAUAAAUGUGAUAAGAAUUACCUAAAAUGACACAAACCAUUUUUGUGGAAGAAAAUCAUUCAAAAUGUAC